AUGAUUCUAAUAGUGGUACCUCCAUUUAUGGUACUGACAUUUAUGAACUCCUCGAAACAAGUGUGGGGACACUUUAAGUACUCUGAAUUAUCACCAAGUGCACACUCAUCAGACUACCGCGCACAGCUCGCCAUGGUUCUGCUCAUCAAGCUUCUCUUCGUCCCCGCCACCGUGUUCCUCUCGGCGCUCAUCAUUUUGUCCUACUUCACCAGCGUGCCGUACCUGAGCUACUCCGACCUCCCCUACUACGGGUCCUACUUCUGGCGGAUCCCCAAGUGCGACAUCUACCAGGGCGAGUGGGUCCCGGACGCGGACACGCCGCCGCAGUACACCAACGAAACGUGCUCCUACAUCCAGGAGCACCAGAACUGCAUGAAGUACGGCCGGCCGGACUUGGAGUUCCUGAGGUGGCGGUGGCAGCCGAGCCGGUGCGACCUCCCGCGGUUUGACGCCGACAAGUUCUUCCGGCUCGUUGGGAACAAGACGCUCGCGUUCGUAGGGGACUCACUCGCCAGGAACCACAUGCAGUCCCUACUCUGCCUCUUGUCCAAGGUGGCGUCGCCGACGGAGGUGACGGAGAGGACGGACCCCAUCAAGAUAAUGCACUACGAGCGCUACAACUUCACCCUAAAAAUCAUCUGGUCGCCUUUCCUGGUGAGGACGGAGGAGCCGGACAACAACUCCGGUGUGUUCAAGCUCUACCUCGACGAGCCCGACGGCAGGUGGUUGUCCGGCGUGGCCGGGUUCGACUACGUGAUCCUCUCGGGGGCCAACUGGUUCACGCGCCAGUCCAUGUUCUACGAGAGGGGGCAGCUCGUCGGCGGCAGCUUCGUCGCGCUCAACAUCACCAGCAACCUCACGCUGCGCUACUCCCACCGGAUGGCGUUCCGGACAGCGCUUCGGGCCAUCAACAAUCACGGCAGCGUGAAGGCGAAAGUCAUCGUGCGGACGCUGUCGCCGAUGUCUCACUUCGAGGGAGGGUCGUGGGACAAGGGCGGGGACUGCCGCCGGACGCAGCCGUACCGGAGCAACGAGACGACGAUGGGUGACCUGGACCUCGACUUCUACACGGGGCAGGUGGAGGAGUUCAGGGAGGCGGAGAAAGCGGCCGCGGUUGCGGGAGUGGACAUGGUGCUCAUGGACACGACGGGCGCCAUGCUGCUGCGGCCGGACGGACACCCGAGCAGAUACGGGCACUGGCCGGAAGAGAAGCGGGUACUCUCCAACGACUGCAUCCACUGGUGUCUGCCCGGGCCGGUCGAUGCCUGGAACGACAUGUUGCUUCAAAUCAUGUCAGACUAG